AUGGAUAGGAAUAGGAUAAGUUUAUCAUCUGGUUCUGGUUCGAACGAUGAGAAAAAGUUUGAUUCAAACGGAAAUUUAGAGCAAGCUAUUUACGAAGUUGACGAGCGAACUCGGCUGAUUGCUUCAACUGCAGACCAAGAUGAGCCGAGUGUUGAGUUUGUGCUAUCACAACGAGAUGCCCGCCUGUGGAGAAUAGCCAGGAUUUUGGGUUAUAUCUCAGCAGCUCUGCUCAUCCUACUGGGUGUAGCAUGCUUCAUUGAGUCUUCCAGAUCAGAAAGUUCGUCACUUUUUGCGUUUGCUUUCAGUUGUUUAUUGGAUUCUUCAGGAGCAAUGGUCGUCAUAUGGAGAUCGUUUUCCACAGUCUCCGUACGAAAAUCAAGAAUUCGAGAAUUGCAGAAUUACCUUAGCCUUCUUGAGAGCAUUAGGAAAGACACCAACGUGUAA